AUGGCCGAGUUAACGGCGACAACCGCGGUUGGCGAUGACGACGACCGGGAAACGGGGAGACCGCGGUUCGGAACGCGGAAUUUGCCGCACGAUGGAGAUGUCUUCCAGCACAAUGCGUGGGAUAAUGUCACAUGGGAUGAGGAACAAGAGAAGUUGGUGCAACAGAAAGUGAACGAGAAUUCCAUUGUUACAAUGUCAUCUGAGAAACUCUUUAAAUAUGAGGCAGAAGCUGACAAAUAUUGGGACAAGUUUUAUGGAAUACACAAUAACAGAUUUUUUAAGGAUAGACAUUGGUUAUUAAUUGAAUUCCCGGAACUAGCGCCCAAUACUGUUAAACAGAAUACGGAAAGACCCAUGAGAGCUGCGUUUACAGACAAUGAUAAAAACUAUGGAGACAAACACAUAAAAAUUCUUGAUUUACCAUGUAAAGACAGUUGUAGAAUACUAGAAAUAGGAUGUGGCGUAGGAAACACUGUAUUUCCUAUACUAAUGUACAAUACAGACCCAAAGCUAUUUGUAUAUUGCUGUGAUUUUUCAAUGACAGCCAUUGAUAUAUUGAAACAAAAUCCUGCUUAUGAUAUAAAUAGAUGUAAAGCAUUUGUUCUAGAUGUAACUCAGGAAACGUGGACGACUCCUUUCGAGCCUGAAAGUCUUGACAUUAUCGUUCUCAUAUUCGUAUUAUCUGCCAUUCAUCCCGAUAAGAUGCAACAUGUUAUACAGCAAAUGCACAGGUAUCUAAAAUCAGGUGGAAUAAUUUUGUUUCGUGAUUAUGGCAGAUAUGAUUUAGCACAAUUGAGAUUUAAGAAGGAUAAAUGUAUCGGCAAGAAUUUCUAUGUGCGUGGAGAUGGCACCAGAGUGUACUUCUUUUCGCAAGAGGACAUUAGAGAAUUAUUUACUGGUAAUGGUUUCAUUGAAGAACAAAACUUUGUGGACAGAAGGCUACAAGUUAACAGAGGUAAACAGUUGAAAAUGUAUAGAGUGUGGGUGCAGGCAAAAUAUCGAAAGCCAUCGUAGCAACUGUAUGUAACUAUGUGAAUGUAGUUAUUAAAUUUCUAUAAAAAAAUACGUUAUGUAAAUAAAAUAAUAUGUAACAUAAAAUAAUUGGAUAUAU